AUGGCGGCCACCAAGAAGACGAUCGCUAUCAUAACGGGGAGCGUACGGGCUGUGCGCGUUGGGCCGGCUGUAGCAGCGCUGGUCAAAGAGAUAAUCGGCCCCUCGGCAGCCGCCGGCGCCGGCGUCGAGCUCGUGGACGUGGACAUAGCGUCGUUCAAGCUGCCCAUAUAUGACGAAUUGGUGCUCCCCGGCAUGGUGCCGGAGCACGCGUCGCUGUCGCACGCGCACAGCCUGGCCUGGAGCGCCGAGAUGAAGCGCCACGCCGCAUAUGUGCUCGUCACGGCCGAGUACAACUACGGCCUGCCGGGCGGCACCAAGAACGCCAUCGACUACCUGUCGCACGAGAUCAAGGGAAAGCCCAUUGGCAUCGUCAGCUACGGCGUGCUAGGCGGCGCCAGCUCCUCGGAGCAGGCCGCCAAGAUCCUCGGCGUGCCCCUCAAGAUGCAGGUCGCCCCCACCCGGCCCCAGCUCGCCUUCGCCUCCCCCGAGGGCGCGCCGCCCGACACCCAUGCUGCCGCCGGCGGCGUCCUCGGCGACGCCUCGCGCGAGGCCUGGACUAAGGACCACGGCGAGGCCAUCAAGAAGAUGUUCGCCGAGAUCACGGCCUCGCUCGCCCUCACUGAGGCCCCAGCGGCGUAG